ACACAGUGUACGAUGACAUUCUCGGCUCCCGUCUGGUAUACAGCAUGGCUCUGCCUUGCGGUCACUCAAGUUUCCGCGGACAUCAACUCUGGAUGUCCAACAUGGGGCUGCUUGUCCUGGGGCAGUUUCUCCCUCAGCGCCGGGGUACCGUCCUCUAAUGGUCAAGUAAAGUGGUCAAAGGCUAUUGAACAGAUAGGUAAUGCGGCGGACGUUGGGGUUGUUGGAAGAGGUUGCAUCAGCAAUCAGGAUUUUGUCGUUUGCACUACCCAAAGAGGGUACGUGAGUUUGGAUCCCUCAACAGGCGAGCAGCUGUGGAAUUAUACAGCUAUGAGCAACCCGUACUUGCCUUUAAUGGACGUCUACGGAGACGUUAUAGGAAUAGACAAAAAUAAUCUUGUCUAUGUGUCAAACGACGGGACACCCAAGCAUCCAAUUGGGAUUAAGAUAAUGCAGCCAGAUUUUGGUGUGAUGGUUUCCAACAACAGCAUUCUAUUUCUGACGGCGACCAAAACAGAAACAGCCCAGAUUUUUACCUACGACACAGACGGCAUUAUCGAUGCUGCCUUUACUCUGAAAGGGAGCUGGGAGAGGAUGAACGGAACGUUUGUGCCUUGCAGUCAUCCGGUAAUUGCAGGGAACCGAGCCUACAUUGUGACCAAGUUUAUUCCCGAUGGAGCCAACACAACAACCAAGCUAGCUUGGAAACGUCUAUUCGCUCUUGACCUUCUCCAUCAAAUGGCCCCAAGGAUUGUCAUUGCCUGGUAUGCCAACUUUUUAAUGGAAGGAGGAGCUCAGGACUCCAUGCCAUCAACAGUCUCUAGCACACAGCCCCAGCCGGUACCCGUAGAAGAACAGGUGCCUAUUGUCACCUACUUCAACAAUACAGUAUACAUCAACAUGAUCUGGCCAAACAAAGUGAGCAAAAGAGAACCUUACGACUCGAAACUCUGGGCUUUCAGAGAUGAAGGCGCUUAUGCUUCAAGGCUGUUUAAUGCUUCCAGUUUUUAUGGACCAAUGGCUGUAUUUGAUACAUACGAUGAACCAAUAAAAUUCCGUGGCCCCAGAAAAGCGGAACGAUUUCAUAUGGUGUGGGUAUCCUCCAAUUCGCCCGCAAAGCUAACAGGGUACAGAACACAAGACGGUGCUGUCGUCCAGGUCAUCGAUGUCGGUAUGGUCUCCAAGUUGGGUCCCAAUACAACGAUCACCUCAAAACUGAGCAUUACCAGACAGAACACAUCUUCGAAUAGAGACACUAUAGUGCUGGGAGCAGUUGAUGCCAACAAACAGGCUUUUCUGUUGGCCAUAGAAGCGGACCCGGCAAACGCAGGUUCAAGUCUGCUAUGGGCAACCAAGCUGAGCGAGCAGCGAGCUGACCCAAGCACGUGGGCAGUAGAAGGGCAGGUGGUCAACACGGCGCAGCCAAUUCCGGGCACAGGUGGCAGUGUCGAUUUCAAACUUGGUCUCAUUGCUAUGGUCACUGAGACUGGCAAUGAUUAUAAGAAGACUUACAUCAAAGGUGUCUUCUGAUGAACUCCGCAUUCCCAUUUUGUAGAGCACGAGUGCGGGAACAGGGCAGUUGUCGACAGUUGCAUAAGUCAUCCCAUGCAAGUCAACUCGAAUAUAAAAAAAUCACCCUCCUACCCUUUUUGGACUGAUGAUUUACGUUUUGGAACAAUUUAAGUCGUUCAAGUCCUAGUAACAAAUUACAAUUCUAGUUUUGAUUUGUUU